AUGUAUGCAUUUGUUAAUGGAAACGUAAUUUACGAUUGUUUUGCAAAUGCUGAAAGAGAGGUUAUCGUAGACAAAAAACAAGACUAUCAUCUUGAAUAUGCCUCCGAAAAUAGAACACACACUGUUGUAGUAUUCAGCAGAAAACUUGAUACUUGUGACACACAGGACAAAGCAAUAACGGAGAGCACAGUUCGAGUGAUAUGGGCAUUUCACAGUGAAGAUGUUGGAGAGACAUUUUUACAGUAUCAUGGACAGAAUCGUGGAAGAAAGAGUGUACGAUUACUUCAUCCUGGAAAAUCAACCCCCAUUGAUAAAAAUACCUUGUAUUUUGACAUAAGAAAUAGGAAUGUAAGCGUACCAGAGAAGGACACAACUUACUGGUGUGAAAUGUUUAAAUUUCCUGUACUCGAUGCAAAACACCACAUUAUAAAGUUUGAACCUGUGAUUCAGCCUGGCCAUGAGAAUUUGGUGCAUCAUAUUCUUCUCUACCAGUGUGACAGUAGUCAAAAUGACAGUGUUCUUCAAAACGGUCACGAGUGCUACCAUCCAAACAUGCCUGAUGCCUUCUACUUAUGCGAUGUUGUCAUUUCUGCCUGGGCAAUUGGAGGAGAGGGAUUUACAUAUCCGCCUCAUGUUGGGUUUUCAAUUGGCACAACAGGUGAUCCAAUAUAUGUGCUGCUGGAGACACAUUAUGAUAAUCCAACUUAUAAAGAAGGACUGACUGAUUCUUCAGGACUAAGACUGUUUUAUACACCUGAGCUGAGGACAUAUGAUGCUGGUAUAAUUGAAACGGGAGUAUGGGUCAGUCUUUACCAUAUGAUACCGCCACAUGUUCCAGCUUUUGUGUCUGAAGGACACUGCCCUUCAGAAUGUGUGACUGAGGUCUUAAAUGAGGAAAUGCCAUCUGGAAUAAAUGUAUUUGGUGUGUUCCUGCAUGCACACCUUGCUGGUCGAGUGUUGAGAACAAGGCAUAUAAGAAAAGGAGUUGAACAAGAAAUUCUGGCAUAUGAUGAUGAGUUUGAUUUUAACUAUCAAGAAGCUCAUCUUUUAAAAGAGGAAAGAGUCCUUUUGCCGGGAGACAGUUUGAUCACAGAGUGUCAUUAUGAUACCUCAGAUCGUACACAUAUGACAUGGGGAGGAAUAAGUACCCGUGAUGAAAUGUGCUUGUCAUAUUUGCUAUAUUAUCCAAAAAUAAAAUUUGCUCGAUGUCAGAGUAUACCAGAGAUAAUAGAACAACUAAACUUCAUUGGAGUUGAAGAGAUAUACCUGCCUGUCUUGACAUGGCCAUUCACCAUAAAGAGCCCAGAAGAGUACAACAAUCUUACGUUUACUGAUGCCAUGGAUACAUUUGGCUGGGACAGAAAUAAUGCCACAAGAUUUAACAAAUUUGUGCUUACUGUACCAAUAAAUAUCCGAUGCACUAAGGGAGGUGAAGAAAACUGGGAGAACCAUGGAAUUCUUUUAGAUGCUCCUGAAAUUAACAGACCCUUCAAACAUCCAUCCCUGGAAUGUAGUGCCCGAAGUUUGUGUUCCAGUUUCUUCUUAAUGGCAGCAUGUAUUAUAAAUGCCCUAGUAUAAGAAAGUGUGUUUGUAUACAAAAAAAAUUCUGUAUAUGAAUUCUACAAUAAGUAAAGAAAAACUUUUUAAUCAUUUUGUAAGUUAUUAGUCUAUUUGCAUUACUGCCAUCCUGCUAAUUGUUUGUAUAUUAGUCAUUUAUCUGUAUAGGAUACUUAUUCUGUUUUAAUUUCAAAUACAGGCAGGGUACAAUAAUGUCUUAUUCAGAUAUUAUAAAGUUCACCAAAUGUUCAGUUUAUGAGGCUGCCUGAUUAUAGGGUAUGUGGUCUUAUGUAUUUCUUCAGGUUCCACUAGAAAGGUUGAGUUAGAAACUGGCAAAGAACCAAGUUGCCAAUAGCAAAUGGCUAGAAAUGCAACACACUAAGUCAACCUUUAAGAACCCCCAUGCAGAUACACACACACACACACAC